AUGCCUAAAGAAAUCAAAGAUAUCAAAGAUUUCUUACUCAUUGCUCGACGUAAAGAUGCUAAAUCGGUGAUUAUUAAACGUAAUCCUGAACAUGGUACACGACAAGGAAAUACAAAAUUCAAAGUACGAUGCAGCCGUUACUUAUAUACAUUAAUCGUCACCGAUAAAGAAAAAGCUGAAAAAGUCAAACAAUCAUUGCCACCUGGUCUUAAUAUGCAAUUAUUGAUUAAUUCUCUAGUCAUAUUUAUUUGGGCAAUAAUAUUAGUGCCACAUAGAGUCAACAGUUUAUUUGAAGAUCAAGUAGGCAAAUUUGAUUGGCACCGUCAACAUGUUGGUUUCAUAGAUGAUUCUCAUCAACCUUCUGGUAGUACAAAUCGUUUGAUUGUUUCCAGUCAAGAUAAUGUUAUUGCUUCACUCGAUUUAUCUGCACGAAAAAUUGUACAGAGAAAAACAUUUUACAAUUAA